AUGUCCCCCGGCAUUACAGGUUUGGGCUUUAUCGCCAAUUCCAACGGCUCCCAACCGAUUCCCGACGGAAGUUUGUUUACAAAUGUAGCUCAUUUGUUUUGGCAUCUACCAGAGGAUGACAGGAUGGGGAUGUACCCUUGGUUGAUUUGGUUCAUUUGGAAAGCCCGUAACGACAAGGUUUUUUCUAAUGAUGAUUGGGAUCCCAAUGAUACCAUUAACCUGGCGGCACGGAGACAUUGCAUGGGCCAAGGCCCAGGAAAAACGAGGGGGUGUGCCCCUGCAAGUAGGGCCAUCAGUAGAUACCCUGUUUCAGGGUGA